GCAGCGUAACCUAUAAAUAGCCCAGACGCGGCACGGCACUACGCACAAAGUAGAAGUUAAAGGGGAAAGGAGGAUCAACGUAAAGUGUCAAAAAUGGGUCUAACAUUCAACAUCAAGGCCAUCUGCACCCUCACCGGCUUUCUCAAACUAAUCGAAAUCAUCCUCGCUUUCAUCUGUAUCGCGUUACUCCGUCAGUACAACCUCAGCUUUGGUGUCAGCAAUGAUGGGGCUACGGCACAGGAUCGGCAGCUGGUAGGCGUCAUUGCCAUUGGCUCCUCCAUCCUUAUCUCCAUACCUCUGCUGGUUGCUUACAUCUUCUUUGCUCAUGCCUCAAACCUGUUGGAAAUUCUUUAUUGUUUUACUGCUGCCAUCAUGAAUAUUGCUGGAGGUGCCAUGGCCGUUGACUUCUACAAUGAUGUACGGGACAGUGACCAAACCAAGGCUGGCAUGGCGAUGGGGUCCAUUAUGAUCAUCAAUGCCAUCGCAUACCUUAUUGAUGCAGGAACUGGCACCAUCGCCAAUCGCAAGUAGAGUCACGGCUCCAUCCUCAAUGAUCUUCCUAAGAAUGCGCCACCAUGUGAAAUGGACUGUGUUGGCCACUGUCCAGAUCACAGACUGAUCACUAAUGAACCCUCCCAUCCGAUGGUCAAAGAUCACACAUAAUGUUUCAUGUUACUGCUAUGAAAGAAAUUAAAUUUUUGUCUUGUAGCAUUGGCACUUCAUGGUAAUACUAUUGGGGAUUUGGCAUAUCAUGCCAACAUAAGAUUCUGGAUUUUGUGAAAUAAGAGAGAAACAUUGGAAAUUUGCCUUAAAAAUUUGUUCAGUGUUACUGCCACCUUAUUUCCAUAUUUGGAAUUUCCAUAUUUGGAAAUACAUAUAUUUUGUUUUAUCCAAGGGUAAAUAAAUUUCUUGAUGUUCAUGUAUGUAUGUAUGCAUGUUAUCCUUAGAUAUACAAUACAUUUGUCAAUUUGAUGAGUCAUAGCUCCAAACUGAUAUUAUCAUGACAAAAAUGCAGUUACCUUAAAUCUCUUGCUUUAUCAUUAGGGUGUUCUUGUGUCAAGAUAUAUUGCAGUCUGUCUGAAAUAGUGUGUUGCUUGUUGUAUUAUUAUAUUUGUAAGGCAUACUUUUGGCAAAGUAAAUAUAUGCCACAUGUAGUGACACUAGGUUUAUGAUGUAUAUGUGGCAAUGACGAAUCAAAUUGAUUAUUAUUAUAUGAAACAGUGUCCCAGAAUGGAGAUAAUUAUGAAUGUCUUGAACGUUUAAGAAUAAUGAGCAGUGGUGAUUACAGAUGAUCAUUAUUAGAAUUCUAGGUUAAAAUUAGAAAAUCAUACAAGUCACAAUCACUAUGUUUCAUGGUGCUGCAAUUGUGUGAAGCAAUUGUGUCACCACCCUGUUAUCUACUAUUUCUAGAAUAAUUCAAGAUUAUCUGUGGCAUAGCAAACACGCAAACACACACACACACACACACACACUGGUGAAAAGCAUAAAAAGUUGCUUUCUGAUUGGAUAUAGAAAUGACAAAGAAAUUGAUUGUGACAGUCACAGUCAUACAUCCAAGGCUGGAAUACACAGCAACAGUAUGGUCGCCAAGUACAAAGUUGAAUAAAAGAAAAGUAGAGAGGAUUCAGAGGGCAGCAACAAAGUUGGUUCCAAGACUAAAAGAUUUAAUAUACAGAGAUAUUGAAGUUGUUGAACUUACCGACACUGGAACAGAGGAGGGAGAGAGGUCUGAUUGUGGUGUAAAGGGUGUUGAAUGGGAUGGAAAAAGUGGACAAGGAAGAUCUAAUAACAUAGGACACAAGAGAUUUAAGAGGUCAUAGAAGGAAGAUAAAAAAGGAACCCUGUAGAAGAGACAUUGUGAAGAACAACUUUCCACAAAGAGUAGUGGAGGCCUGCAACAGCCUGGAAAAAAAUGUGGCCCGCGUAAAGACGAUUCAUGAAUUUAAGGCCAAGUAAUAGUAGAUAUAGAGACGGGACAGUAUGAGCAUAGCUCCUUCUUUCUCGAAUGCCACAACUAGGUAAAUACACACACACACACACAUGCUCAUACACAUGCAUGGCGCACGGCAAACCGAGAUGUAAUGAUAAUUAUAUAUAGCAACUAAAUGACUGAUUACUUCUGUUUUCACCACUGUCCUGCUAUUAGUGUUUUACUGAAUAUAUUUUUAAGAUAUUGUUUUUUGGCUUAUGGUCUAUCCAUGCAGGAAAUAAUAUCUUUAAGGUUCUUUCAUUUACACAUUUAUGUAUUUUGCAUAUCUACAUUGUCAGCGUUAUAAAAAAUAAUGCAAUGUUUACACAGAGUCCACACUGGUGGUACCUUGACCAAAGCUUGAAUGCCUACUGCAACACUGGGAGUCAUGCUCUUGGCCCCCAUGCCACCAAGCUCUAGAUCAGGGAUUCUCAACCUUACCCCCAUCAUUUACCUCAUUGGACUGAUCUAUUUUGCCAUUUAUCCCUCUACUCCUUAGAAAAAAGAAAAAAGAAAAGAAAAAAUACAUAGCCAUCAUAAAGGCACAGAAAAAUAAAAAGAUAAGAAAACACCUUUAUUAUUUAGUUUUUUCUCAAAACAGAGUAAUAUACUUUGAUAAGAAAAGAAAAAAAAAAUGCAGUCCAUUCAUAUAAAAAAAAUAUACAGCAUAAUUAUUUUUAAAAUUUAUAUUUAUAUUCAUCUGUACACAAUUCUUGCAAUUAUUUACCCCAUGCUAUGUCUUUUUUUACCCCAAGGGGUAAAUGUACCCCUGGUUGAGAAUCACUGCCCUAGAUGAUGUCAAGUUCAUGUUAAUACCUAAACGCUUACAAAAUAGCAUCAGUGUUAUUUUAAGAAAUUAAUGUUAAUAUAAGUAUUCUGGCAAAAUUAAAUUAGCUAAGCAUAUUGUGUUAUUUAUUGAUAUAUCAAUUAUAAAACUGUGCCUGAUGAAAACUGACCAAAAAACAAUAUCUAUUUCUGUACCUAAUUUUUUACAAUAAAGGUUACAUAAAGAUUA